UAUAGAGUUCUAAUAAAAGGCCACCUUGUUCUUAUCUAUGCUUUCGUGACCCAUUCAUGGGGAAAGGGAACCGGAAAUCACGAAAGGCAAUGAUUUUCCUCAUGCGUUGGUUGUUGUGUUGUUUUGUGCUUCUUCAUCAAGCGGAUCCAACAUACUGCGUCCCCUGUGGCCGCCCUUAUAGACCUCCCAAACAGCACCAUAACAACCACAUCAACCGAGUGAUUGGGGGAGAGGAGGCUCUGAUAGGAACAUUACCAUGGAUGGUGAUGCUGACAGAGAAUGGUGCUCAAGUGUGUGGAGGAUCGAUCAUUUCAGACAAACUUGUUCUUACGGCAGCCCAUUGCUUCGAAGAUCAUGGGAGUUUGGAUCCUAAGAGAUGGCGUGCAAUUGUUGGAAAGCACCAUCUUUUAUACACAGACUUAACUCAGCAAACUCACACUAUUAAUCGAAUCAUUAUGCAUGAAGGAUACGACAAUCACACGGUGAGGAAUGACAUUGCCAUACUCGUAUUAGACAAUCACGUGAUGUUCAAUAGUUACGUCAUGCCAGUAUGUCUGCCAGGAGCUCCCUUGAGUAGCUUCCCCUCGCAUCACUCUCAUUCACAUACUAGUAUUGUUGGUAUUGUUGCGGGCUGGGGAGAAACGCACGAGCCUAAUCCAAAGUAUGUGCUGAACCAAGUAUCCAUACCCAUUCUGAGUGAUCGUGUCUGUGGUGCACACACGUGGUAUGGGAGUGCCUUCCUACCCCAAACUACUUUCUGUGCUGGGUAUGAACAAGGAGGCAAGGAUGCAUGUAUUGGCGACAGUGGGGGUCCGUUUAUUAUACAGGAUCAUAAUGGAUAUUGGGUACAAGUUGGUAUCACAAGCUGGGGUUAUGGAUGUGGACAUCCCCGCUCUCCUGGAAUAUACACUGACGUCACCAUAUAUCUCACAUGGAUCAAAGAGAAGGCAGAAAUGUACAAGACAUAUUUUCCGUAUUUUGGAACUUAUGCUAUGGCAACAGCUUCCAGAUGGCGGGUUCGACUAGGUAAACAUGACAGAACUAGAACAGAGACUACAGAACAGAAUCUGAACGUUAGGGCCAUCAUAAGCCACCGCAGUUACAGUAGCUCCAAAAUCAGCAACGAUAUCGCAUUGAUGGAGCUGAGCUCAGCAGCACAGAUCAACGACUACGUCAGUCCUGUUUGUGUGAGUCAACUCGAUGUGGCCGCUGGAACAAAUUGUAUAACAACUGGCUGGGGAGAUACUCAAGGUACUGGUUCUAGUUCAGUUCUUAGACAGGUAACGGUACCUAUUAUAAGUCAGUCAACAUGUGCCAGUCGUGACUACUACGGCAGAAACAUGGACACAACAACCAUGAUUUGUGCUGGAUAUGAACAAGGUGGAAAAGACUCUUGUCAGGGAGAUAGUGGUGGGCCAUUGGUUUGUAGUUCUGGAGGAGUAUGGCAACUCACAGGAAUCACUAGCUGGGGAUUCGGCUGUGCUGAAGCCUUCAAACCAGGAGUAUACACCAGAGUAGUUAACUAUGUCAGCUGGCUUGGUCAAAACAUGAACUAAUCUGUAAGAUUGUUAUGUAACACCCGGUGAAAUUCAUGUGAAUUGUUUUUGAUAAAAUAGUUUAAAUAUAGUUUCUUGGUCAUUGGUUCUUUUAUUUCCAUAACCACAAGAGACCCAGGAACCACAUUGACCACUUGAAUAACUAUGGUCUUGCUCUUCAUAUGCAGAUUUUCCCGCUUGAUAUUCAUUCCUUUGCAAGCAAAACUUUUAUCUUUAACAGGUAAUUUAAUACCACAUUACUCCAGCAGUCAUGAACAAAUUAAAAUAUAAACUA